CACACAUACAACUCUAUGAAUGCUGCAUCCCUAGGCCUAUAUAUACCUGAUCAUCUCGUGUAUUUUCUCCAUCAUCUUGUGUGAAACCACGCAUAGUAUCUUGAAAAAUUACCUCGAAAAGCACUCCAUAUCUUCUUCCUUUCACACACAGAAAGACACACACUAGCUAUGGUAUUCUCGAGCAGAAACCAAACCCUUCUGUCAAAGAUUGCAACAAAUGAUCAACAUGGUGAGAAUUCACCAUAUUUUGAUGGAUGGAAAGCUUACGAUCUAGAUCCAUUUCAUCCUACUGAAAACCCUAAUGGUGUCAUACAAAUGGGUUUAGCAGAAAACCAGCUUUCUCCUGAUUUAAUUCAGAAAUGGAUUGCAAAGAAUCCGAAAGCAUCAAUUUGUACCAAAGAUGGCGCUGACAGUUUUAAGGAUAUUGCUAAUUUUCAAGACUAUCAUGGCUUAUACGACUUUCGGAAGGCAAUAGCGGAUUUUAUGGGAAGAGUAAGAGGAAAUAGGGUUAAGUUUGAUCCUGAUCGCAUUGUGAUGGGUGGUGGAGCUACAGGAGCAAGUGAAUCUUUAAUGUUCUGUUUGGCAGAUCGUGAUGAUGGAUUUCUUGUUCCAACUCCAUAUUAUCCGGCAUUUGAUCGAGACCUAAGAUGGAGAACUGGGGCGCAAAUAGUUCCAAUAAUAUGCAAGAGUUCAAAUGAUUUCCAGAUCACCCAAGAAGCACUUGAAUCCGCUUAUGAAAAUGCAAUUGAAGCCAACAUCAAAGUCAAAGGCUUGAUCAUCGCAAAUCCUUCAAAUCCUCUUGGCACAACCAUGGAUAAAGAAACCCUCAAAACCCUAUUGAGAUUCAUCAAUGAAAAGAAAAUCCAUCUUGUCUGUGAUGAAAUUUAUGCAGCCACUGUCUUUGAUACACCCGAUUUCAUCUCUAUCUCAGAGGUCUUACAAGAAAUGGAACACGAUCCAACUGUGUUGAUAAAUCCAGAGUUAGUUCACAUUAUUUAUAGCUUGUCAAAAGACAUGGGACUCCCAGGGUUUCGUGUUGGGAUUCUAUAUUCAUAUAAUGAUGGAGUUGUGAGUUCUGCAAGAAAAAUGUCGAGUUUUGGAUUGAUCUCUUCACAGACUCAACAUUUUCUAGCUUCACUUCUUUCUGACGAAGCAUUUGUUGAGGAUUUUCUAACAGAAAAUUCAAGGAGAUUAAGUAAGCGACAUAAAGUUUUCACUCAAGGGCUUGAACAAGAUGGGAUUACUUGCUUACCCAGUAACGCUGGCCUUUUUGUCUGGAUGGAUUUACGUAGGCUCUUGAAGGAGCCAACGUUUGAUGAGGAAAUGGUGUUAUGGAGACUAAUUAUCAACGAUGUUAAACUCAACGUUUCCCCUGGUUCUUCAUUCCAUUGCGAGGAAGCAGGAUGGUUUAGGGUUUGCUUUGCAAAUAUGGAUGAUCUAACGGUUGAGAUUGCACUUGAAAGGAUCCAUGCUUUUGUUAGAAAGGGGAAAGAGAAUGAGGUGAUGGCAAUGAAGAACAAGAAAAAUAAAGUAUGGCAGAAGAAUCUUCGUCUUAGUUUCUCCUCACGAAUAUUAUAUGAUGAAAAAACUUUGAUGUCGCCUAUGUCCCCUCAUUCACCAUUCCCUCAAUCGCCGCUGGUUCAAGCUAAGACUUAAUUUAAGCACUUUACCAGUAUUAAUUAAUGACUCCUAUGAAGUGUUAAUCUAUGCCACUGGCCCGUAUAUUGAGUGUUCACUAUGACUUAUUCUAAUUAUAUUGUGACUAUGAAGUUGUGUGUGAUAGAAGUAUGUAUAUG